CCAGCCAGGAUCAUGCAUCUGCGGUGGGGCAGUGCAAUGUUCCCACCCACAACUUAGCCGAUGUGGGAAACAGUGAGACGGCAUGCAAUGCAGGGCUCGGUGCAAUCAUCUUCCAUAGUUCACUUCGCAACUACUGGUGUUAGGCUGUCGGCCUAGGCAAUCAUCUUCACCAGUGGAUGGGAUGCUGACACUACCCGUAUUUCGUAUUCCUAUACACGGUGAAAGUGCGUUGAUAACAAGUGUUUUUUUUUAAUGUGCGCGCAAUGGGCUCUGCAACGACAUGAUCUCUUGAUGCGCUCACUGAGUAUUAGGAAUUCCUCUCAGUCGGCUUCUUCGAAAAAGCAUGCGAGAAGUUCGCUUUCUCAGAAAAGCACAUGCGCUUUGCCAAACUAGACCUCGAAAUCGACCCUUCUCUUCAGGGCUUCGAGCCUGGCAGCAACAACGUGAUCAUAGCUUGCAACUAAUUCACACCACAUCGGAUCUCAUGAAGUGUCUCCGCGACCUAUACGCUCUCCUGCGCCCUGGCGGCAAGCUCAUCAUUAUGGAGACCACCGUCGACAACAUCCGCGAUGGCAUCAUCUUCGGUUUGCUUCCAGGAUGGUGGAUGCGCGAAGGCCAUUGGUGGGGAGGCGAGGAUGUCGAUGCUGUGCCCGGAGAGGAUGAGGCACUGGGGCCUGUUCUGACCGAAGAGGGGUGGGAUGCUGCGCUGAAGACGGCGGGUUUCUCAAGUGUUGACAUUGUGUUUAGGGACAACGAAUAUAAAUCUCGACACCGUGUCUCAACGCUUGUUGCAACGAGGCCAGAGGAGGCUGAGGUUGAAGCUGCGCUUGAAAGCUGGGUCAUUAUUGCGGAUGCUGCGCAGGUUACUCAUGCCGAAACGCUGAUGGCGAAGCUCACCACAGUGCCGUGCAACGCGAUCCACCAACAUCGAUAAAACAUCGGCACAUCUGUAAAAGUAACGCAUAUUGAGUUCAAAUAGGUCUGUACGUAUCGACAUGUAAGUUAGUACACCAGUUCAUCCGCGAAAUAACCAACUUCAAGCUAAGUCGAUUCGAUUGACCAGCGAACUCACAGCUGAUAUGGCAAACCUCACGCCGGCGACAGCAGGGUCUGCGGAUCCUCCACAACACGUAGGAGCCUGAAGAUGUCUUGCUGUAAUCCACGCUUUCUGAGAACUACCUAAUCGGGUAAUAUAUCUGAGGUUUGUAGGUCGUUAUAGGUUUGUUACCUUACACCUGAGAAAUCUUGAACCCACCCGGCAGUAGUUUCUGAUAGACGCCAGUCGGAUCGUACUUCUUCGCGACCUUCUUCAUGAACGCCACCUUGUCAGCACCGUAAGCCGAA